GGUCUCACUCUCCCCCCCGUUAUAAAUAGUCCGGGGAUUCCUCACGCCCCCACACGCCUCCCCUCCUCCACCGCACUCUUCCUCCUCACUCACCCACCUCAGCCUGAGCAGCAGCGGAGCGCACCAUCGAUCCAUGGAGUUCUACGUCGACGAGAAGUGGAAGUUCUCCAAGAAGAGCCGGAACAACGGCAGCCGGCGCGUCCCGGGGGCCGGGGCCGGCGGCGGGGACCAUUUCCUGAAGCGGUCGUCCAGCAUGAGGGACGGCGUCCAGGCGAUCGGCCGGCGCGGGAGCGGCGCCGGCGCCGUGGCGGCGGGCGGGUGCGGUGCGCCGCAGCCUUCGUUCUCGAGCCGGUGCGCGGGGCUGGUCAAGGAGCAGCGGGCGCGCUUCUACAUCAUGCGCCGCUGCGUCACCAUGCUCGUCUGCUGGAAGGACUGCUCGUAGCCGCGAAUGGCGGCUCCCCGGCCGGCCGGCGAAGAAGCUCGAUCCCCG